AAUUACGUGAGAUGCAAGUAUCCAACUGGAAGCUUUGUCUUACUUAAUAUUUUUAUAAUAAAGUUUUCGAUUGGACAAUGCGUCCCAGCUGACGAGAAGUUAAUCCGUCGUGCAUUUUAAACGAAGCAUAGAGCGCUGAUGGAAUUGCGCGGGAACUCGGCUUUUGGCGCCUGGCUGUUGAGCUGAUUAGAUGAAGCACCUUGCUCGUCUGUGACAUUUUUAAAAAGGACGAUUUGUGUAUAUUUGGUCUGACCACGAUGCCGUCUAUUUUGUGUACAGAAUCAUUUCCUUCUGAAGUUAAAGAAAGGCUUCAAGAAUUGGAAAAUGAUUUUAAGGAAGGUGAUCUCACAAAAAAAGGUUAUUGUAAAAAAACAUGGAAGCUGGUCGAGCCUCAUGUUUCCUCAGCAGUAGCUGAAAAAGUGCAUGCUUUACAAAUUAAGUUUGCCAACUUUGAUUUAUCUGAGAGUGAUUACUGUGAACAAUUAAUAGCUACAUUGAAGUCUAGUAAUAUCACAGGGACGAUUUCUGUGAAAAGUAAAGGAGUAAAUGACACAGAAGACAAAAAAUGUGUGGAAGGAAAUGGAAAUGGCUCUCUUGUAUCAUUCUGUGGGAGUAAUGCUAAUACUCCUAAACAAGAAAAAGAUCCAGGAGAAAUUAGUGAAGAACAGAGAUCCCCUAGUAAAUGUAAUAACAACAAUAACAAUGGUAAUGAUUUACCAGAUGCCCACCAUUCUGAACCAGGGUCUUCUGGCCAUGGUGCAUCUGGUUCAGCACGGAAGUCUGCUUCCAAAAAGUUUAGAUCUAAUUUUGGUGCUUCAAAAAAAAGGCAAACAGACCUUGUUUCUUUGUUUGAAAACCCCAAAAGAAAAUCUCAUGAUAAUAAUGAUAAAGAGAUUAUAUCCCCUGAUAUCGAUGAAAAUGAAAAUUGCAACCAUGUUACAAAAAAAAUAAAAAUUGAAAGUUAUGAGAGUGAAGAUAACGUAAAACCAAGACAAUCUAAUGACAAGAUGGAAAAAGAAGGUAGUGAUGAUGAUAAUAAAAUACAACUGAAAACUGGGAUCAAAAAGCAAAAAGUUGUGCCUCAGAGAUGUCAAAUAUGUCGUCAACUUUUGGAUGACCCCGAUUUAAAGCUUUACCCAGGGCAUCCUGAUGGAGCGCUUGAAGAGUUUGUAGCACUUACAGAUCCACGAUUAUCCUUAUUUACUGGAGAUGAACAAAAUCUAGAAGAAGGUGAUGAGAGACCGCAGAACAAAUUAACACAUUUUAGCAUUUAUGAUAAGGAAGGCCAUCUAUGCCCAUUUGACAAUGGUCUUAUUGAACAAAAUGUUUUUUUGUAUUUUUCUGGUUACAUGAAAGCAAUAUAUGAAGAAUCGUCUGAUAUUGAAGGUGGCAUUCCAACAAAAGAUUUGGGACCUAUCAAUGAAUGGUGGGUAUCUGGGUUUGAUGGAGGGGAGCAUGCUCUUGUUGGAUUUUCUACUGCUUAUGGAGAAUAUUACUUGAUGGAACCCAGUGAAGAAUACGCACCUUUUAUGGAAGCUGUGAUAGAAAAGAUAUUUCUUAGUAAACUUGUUAUAGAAUUUCUGGUGCAUGAAGUAAAUCCUUCCUAUGAAGAUCUGUUAAACAAAUUACAGACUGCUGUUCCUCCAAAAGGAAUUACUAGCUUAUCUGAAGACACUCUUCUGCGUCAUGCCCAGUUUGUAUGUGAUCAAGUUUUAAGUUUUGAUUCUUGUGCUUUGGCUCAUGAAGAUCUAUUGAUUACUUCUCCAUGCAUGAGAGCUCUUGUAAAGUUGUCUGGUGUUACAAUUGGAAAAAGAUUAGCUAUGCGACGUGCUGAAAGAAAAGAUUUCAAAAUUAGUAAACCAGCAUGGACUAAAGCCACAACAACAGACCUUGUUCAGCAGAAUUUUGAAUCAUAUUUUGCUGGCCAGCUUGAUGUAGAUUCAGACAACAAAGGGCCCCGCCGGCAAAGGUGUGGGGUAUGUGAAGCAUGUCAACAUCCUGAUUGUGGAACUUGUGUGGCCUGUUCUGAUAUGAUUAAAUUUGGAGGUACAGGCCGUGCAAAACAAGCUUGUGUGAAGCGCAGAUGUCCAAAUAUGGCAAUUGCAGAAGCCGAGGAUGAUGAUUUAGAUGAUGAAACUAAUGUUCCUGCAAAUAAUGAUGUAGAGGAACAGAAGGUCUUUUCCAUUUUCAAAAAAUUUCGAAUGCGUGUUGGAAAAGAUAAAAUAUCAUGGAUUGGUUCUUCUACAUCAGAUGCUGCAAAAAUAUAUUACACAGAAGGAGACUAUGUAAUGAUAGAACCUCCAGAAACAGGAACUCCAUUCAAUAUUGCCCGCAUUGAAUUUAUGUUUGAAGAUAAAAAGGGUAAUAAAAAUUUUCAUGGGCAGUUGUUUUGCCGUGCAACAGACUCAAUACUUGGUGAAACUGCUGACCCUCAAGAGUUGUUUUUGGUAGAUGUGUGUGAAAAUUUUCCUAUCGGAAGUAUUGCUCACAAAGCCAGUGUACGAUUUCGAGAGACUCCAGAGAAUUGGCACAAUGUUGGUGGGGAGAAAAUAGAGAAUGAUUUAAAUCUACCUGAUGAUGGGAAAUCUUUUUAUUAUCAUAAAUGGUAUGAUCCCAGAACUGUCAGGUUUGAAGAUCCAAAAGAAGCAGCUGGAAACAAGAAGAAACAGUUUUGUGGUACUUGCUGGAAACAAGUUAACGCUAGGAGGUUUAAAACACCUAUUCUAGGUGAGAGGAUUAGUGAUCAAAUUAAUGACGAGUAUAUGGGAAAAGAAUUUUGUCCAGGUUUGUCUGUGUACUUGCAGCCCAAUGCUUUCUCUUUCAAAUCUACUCAUGGAGCAGUAGCCUUGAAAAGUGCACGGGGGAAAGAAGAGAAGGCUAAGGAUGAAGAUAUGUAUCCAGAAUAUUAUCGAAAAUCCGAUGGACCAGUUAAAGGAUCUAAUGAGGAAACACCUAAACCAUUUUCAAUUGGCUAUGUUGUAGCUGUUGUUGCAAAAGGUGGUCAUGAGUUUCCAAUGCCAAAUGAUAUUUAUUUAAGAGUGAAAAAAUUUUAUCGGCCUGAGGAUACACACAAAGGAGCAUCUUUGUCAUAUCAGGCUGAUCUAAACAUGCUGUAUUGGUCAGAUGAAGAGGUGGACAUUAUCUUACCUGAUGUGGUGGGCACUUGUUAUGUGGUCUAUGGUGAGAAUAUUGAUGAACCUAUUAUUGAAUGGACAAAGAGAGGCCCCAACAGAUUUUACUUUAAUCAAGCUUAUAACAGUAUGAAACAGUCAUUUGGAGAACCACCUGUUCAGGCUUCUCUUUUGGGUAGUCAAGGGAAGGGCAAGGGAAAAGGAAAAGGAAAGGGAAGAAAGUCUGAAUUAGGAGAAAAGAAAACCAUCCUAGGCCCUGAGGAAUGGCCUACAUUAUCAAAGAAACUGAAAACUUUGGAUGUUUUUGCAGGUUGUGGAGGUCUUUCAGAAGGUUUACAUCAGGCUGGCUUAGCAGAAACACGUUGGGCCAUAGAGAAAGAAGAAUCUGCAGCAAAUGCUUUCAAGUUGAACAAUCCAGAAUGCACUGUGUUUACAGAUGAUUGCAACAUGUUGCUGAAACUAGUUCUAAACGGUGAAAAAACGAAUGAGAAAGGUCAGACAUUACCUAAGAAAGGUGACGUAGAUUUGUUGUGCGGUGGACCACCUUGUCAAGGAUUCAGUGGUAUGAACAGGUUCAAUUCUAGAGAAUAUUCAAAAUUUAAGAAUUCUCUCAUUGUGUCGUAUCUUUCUUUCUGUGAUUAUUAUCGUCCAAAAUACUUCAUUUUGGAAAAUGUAAGGAAUUUUGUGUCUUUCAAACGAAGUAUUAUACUUAAGUUAACUCUGCGAUGUCUGAUACGAAUGGGAUAUCAAUGCACAUUUGGAGUUCUGCAAGCUGGAAACUAUGGUGUACCACAGACAAGACGACGGCUAAUUAUUAUUGCUGCAGCACCAGGUCUCAAACUUCCAAAAUAUCCAGAGCCAACACACGUAUUUAGCCUUCGUGCUUCCCAGCUUAGUUGUAUGAUUGACGAUAAAAAAUAUGUCUCCAAUUGUCAAUGGCUGGAAUCUGCUCCAUAUCGUACUAUUACUGUUCGUGAUGCCAUGUCAGAUUUGCCAGAAAUAAGAAAUGGUCAUCGUAAGGAUGAAAUGUCAUAUGGAGGUGAACCUAUGUCUUGCUUCCAACGUGUGAUGAGAGGAAAUCAAUAUCAACCAAUAUUGAGAGAUCAUAUAUGCAAGGAUAUGGCUCCUCUUGUUGAAGCCCGUAUGGCUCAUAUUCCAACUGUCUCUGGAUCUGACUGGAGAGAUCUCCCCAAUAUUGCAGUCCGUCUCAGUGAUGGAACAUUCAGUAAAAAACUCCAAUACACACACCAUGACAAAAAGAAUGGUAAAUCAUCAACAGGAGCCCUUCGUGGGGUGUGUAUAUGUGCUACAGGCUCAGGGAAAGCUUGUGACCCUAUGGAUAGACAAUACAACACAUUGAUUCCAUGGUGUUUACCACAUACUGGUAACAGACAUAAUCACUGGGCAGGGUUGUAUGGUCGCCUAGAAUGGGAUGGAUUCUUCAGCACUACUGUUACAAAUCCUGAACCAAUGGGAAAGCAGGGUCGAGUUUUACAUCCAGAACAAAUAAGGGUGGUGAGUGUAAGAGAGUGUGCGCGAUCACAAGGUUUCCCAGACACCUACAGGUUCUUUGGAAAUAUUUUAGACAAACAUCGACAGGUUGGGAAUGCAGUACCGCCUCCAAUGGGAGCUGCUAUUGGAUAUGAAAUAAGAAAAAGUUACUGUGAUUCAUUGUGUAAUGUUUAAAAACAUUUCUGUAAUUCUUAAAGAACACAUUCAUUUGUAUUAAUUCUUAAGUAAAGAUUAUAUGUAGUUGCUAGGAGUGCAUAAUUUUGGACGCUAAAGAAAUAAAUCAUUGAUUUCAGAAAAUUGUAAAUUAAACUCAUAAAAAAAAUUGGAAUUUCAUCUCUGAAUGAGUUAUUCCCAUGUUUAUUUAUUGUUUCAUAUUUGAAUAAUUUUUUAAGAAAUGCACUGUAUUUCUAAUCAAAGCUUUUUUAGCUGUAUUAUCAAAGCUGUAUUUUCUAAUCAAAGAUAUUUUCCCUCCUCGGUUGGAAGUCUCUUGAAGUUUUUAAAGAGAAGUAGUGGAGACCACAUAAAUUAUACGUUCAGAGCUUUCCUAUUUCAAAUGUUUUCUGUUGCAAUACAACAAGCGAAUUGAUGUAAAAUGUUAUUAAUUUUUUGUUUUAGGAACAUUAGUUACUUUCCUAGUUUAUUUCUUUUUCUGUCAUUGUGCACUCUAUAAUUUAUGUGUAUUUUAAGUGAAAAAUUCUUUUAAAAAAGUACUUACUCCAGUGCAGCUAGAGGUUUUUCUAUGAGAUUAUUUUCUUAAUCAAUUUUAUUAAAAAAAUAGUGUUACACUGAAAAGAAAAAAAUAUUUCUAUGCACUUGUAGUAAAAAAGCACUGAACAUCAUUCCCCUUUAUUUUCAGGAUCAAUAUUGGUUUAAGUAGAUUUCUCCGAUUUCAUUUGAUUUUAGACAAAUUUCCUAAUUAAAUUUUAUUGCCCAAGUGCUUUUUUUAUGUAUUUUAGUAAUAAAUUAUAGUCUCUUGAAGAACAAGACUGUUGAUUUUCAUGAAUUGUUUUUGGGUCAUUAAUUACUUCAUGAAAUCUUAAAAAAUCAUAUUUCAGUGUGUAUGAAAAUUAAAAUUAGUUGAACAUUUUUAAGAAUAUAUGUUUAGGACAUAAUUUAUUACUAUUAUAUUUUAAUUAUUUAAAUAUUUUUAAUGAUUGUUGUACAUUGUCUCUUCUAAUGUGUCAAUUUCUUUGUAAUACUGUAAAUUUUACUUCUAACAUUUUAUUAAUAAAUUUUUUUGAAUGAUGUUGUAUUCAGAUCUCUUUGA